AGCUCUCACACCCCUCAAACCGGUCUGAGUGGAAGGACUCAUACACACGCACACACACACGCUCGCUGACUCUCACACACACACAGAUACGUGCACACCAGCCCUAACGCAGCGAGAAAGUGAGUGUGCGUGGCGCUAGCUUCAAAGACACACUGGGAGAUACUGGCGUGUCUAAGAGGACUUUCUUAAAAACGCGGCAGCGGCGGUGACAGUCGUGGUGGAUAUGAACCUGAGUGGCGCACAGAAAAGCUCCAGCCUCUGAUGCCAGCGGUUCACUCAAACAGAGACAGACACAGCAGCAGUGGGACUAGGAGAGACUCACAGACAGAGACACAGAGAGUACUCUAACAAUUUACCAUUGAGAUUAGCCAUGAGGCCCAAGUCUGUUUGGAGAUACCGAUGACUCCAACAUCCUCCAACAGACAUUGAAUCAUGGGAAACGUGGAGAGCCAGAACGGAGACCAUGCCUACUACGGGACUCAGCAGGGCCACCUCUCCCGAAAGCACAUGUCCCGCUCCCUCCGCCUCCCCAACAAGCAGUCGCGGCGAUCGCGGCCCACCUCGUCCUCGGCCAAGGCCGAGCACCGCAACUCGGAGGCGAGCACGCGUUCCAGCAGCACGCCCAGCAUCCCGCAGUCGAUGGCCGAAAGCGACCUGGAGCCCUUCAACGAGAAGGACGCGCUGGGCAAACUCGCCGACCCCACGUGGGCCGGGGGCCACAACCACGUAGCCCUGAACCUGAGACCCGUCUCCUUCCACGACCACCUGGGCGACCCUGUGGCCACGCCCGCCUCCGAGGACAGCGUGGAAGCGGACACGGUGGUGCAGGAGGAUGAGGACGAGGAGGAUGAAGACAGCCACGGGGGGCUCUACACCAGGGAGGCCACCUACCUGCAGCGGAUGAACGACGUGCCCCGGGAGGGCGGAAGCUUCAAGAAGAAGAGAAGCAAGUCGGCCGACAUGUGGCGCGAGGACAGCCUGGAGUUCUCCCUGUCCGACCUCAGCCAGGAGCACCUGACCAGCACUGAGGAGAUCAUCGAUGGGCUGGAGGACUUCCCUGACGCGAAGCAAGGGCGAGACGCCGCCGAGAGGGCCAACUCUCUGGACGAGCUGUGCACGCAGAAGACCCCCGUACUGAGGGGCAAGCGCAACCGCUACAAGCACGGGCGGAACAGCGAACGAGUGCCAGGAAUGGAGACACCUGACCAGAUGCUGUCCCCCACAGAGGACGAUGGGAAUGGGUAUGGAGCGUACACGCUGCCCUGCCGACGCUCACACUGCCUAUCAGAAGGGCUGCCCAGCCAACAGGCAACCAUCUGCUCCAGAAUGCAGGGGAGAAGGGCACAGACUACACACGUAAGUCUUCAGAAAUCUCAUUAUUUCUUCAAAGAGAUCGAAAUUUGCCCCAAAGUGUCAAAGGUCAUCCAGUUUGACCGGGCUGAGUCCUAUGUCAUUGGAUACGGGUUCUCGGUGGUUGUGGUGGAUGAGGAUGGCACUCAGCAGCUCCACGUGACAGAUGUGAAAGUAGGAGGCCUGGCCGCCGCCAAAGGUCUGCGAGCAGGCGAUGAGAUCCUGCAACUGAACGGGAAGGCGGCAUCGGCCCUGGAGCUGUCGGACAUGCAGGCUGCGUUCGCUCUGCCCUCACUGGCCCUGAGUGUCAGCACGCUGCCCGCCGUCGAGCCGAGCCACCUGUGCCAUCGGCCCCCCCGCCGCACCGAGCACGACGACACCCUCUGCACUGACAUCUUCUCCCAGAAUCAGGAGGAGAUCCUGGACGAGGGGGCUGGACUGGCCCCAGAGAGCCCGGAUGACGGCCUGGGCGACGGAUCCAUCCUGACCAGCGACAGCCCAGGGGACAGUCUGGAGGAUGAGCUGGAUGCUGACACAUCACCUAAGAGCACGGAGCAGGUCGCCACUUUCUGCCGCAGCCUCCACGACAUGAAUCCUGGCGAGCGUCCGGCCUCGUCUUCGUCCUCCUCCUCCUCCUCGUGCACGCCGAGCCCCGUCUCACCCAUCCCCUCCCAGACCACCCUGCGCCAACUCUCGGACGCCGUCAAGCUCCGCCACGUCAUCUGUGAGCUGGUGGAGACAGAGCGCACUUACGUCAAGGAUUUGAAGUGGCUGAUUGAGAAAUACCUGACACCUCUUCAGAAGGAGAGUUUCCUCACUCAAGAUGAGUUGGAUGUCCUCUUUGGAAAUGUGGUGGAAAUGUUGGAGUUCCAAGUGGAAUUUCUCAAGACGCUGGAGGAUGGGACCAGGCUUGUGCCAGAUUUAGAGAAGCUUGAGCAAGUCGAUCAGUUCAAGAAAGUCCUUUUUUCCUUGGGUGGCUCUUUUCUCUAUUACGCAGACCGGUUUAAGAUCUACAGCGCUUUCUGUGCCAGCCACACUAAAGUCCCCAAGGUCAUCGCCAGAGCCAAGACAGACCCCGAUUUCAAGGCCUUCCUGGACGAGCGCAACCCCAGGCGGCAGCACUCCUUCACCCUGGAGUCGUACCUGAUCAAGCCCAUCCAGAGAGUGCUGAAGUACCCGCUGUUGCUCCGCGAGCUCCACUCCCUCACAGACCCUGAGAGCGACGAGCACUACCACCUGGACGUCGCCAUGAAGGCCAUGAACAAGGUUGCCAGCCAUAUAAACGAAAUGCAGAAGAUCCAUGAGGAGUAUGGUGCUGUGUUUGACCAGCUGAUCAGUGAGCAGAGUGGCGAAAGGAAAGAGGUUGCUGACCUGUCAAUGGGUGACUUGUUACUGCACGCCACUGUUGCUUGGAUCAACCCACCACCUUCUCUCGUGAAGGGGAAGAAGGAGCCAGAGUUGGCUGUAUUUGUGUUCAGAACGGCGCUGGUUUUUGUGUACAAGGAUAGCUCCAAGCACAAGAAAAAAAUCGGAGCCUCUCACAGGGUAUCCACCGCUGAUGAGAAGGACCCCAUUCGCUUCAGGCAUAUGAUCCCCACAGACGACCUCCAGCUCAGGAACCUCGGCAACGCUGAUGGGACGGCCAUGUGUGAGAUUGUGCACGUCCGGUCCGAGUCAGAGGGCAGGCCAGAGAGGACGUUUCACCUGUGCUGCAGCUCCCCCGACAGCAAGAAGGACUUCCUGAAGACGGUGCACUCCAUCCUGCGGGACAAGCAGCGGCGGCAGCUCCUCAAGACGGAGAGCCUGCCCCCCAACCAGCAGUACAUCCCGUUCGGAGGCAAGCGCCUGUGCGCGCUCAAGGGCGCUCGGCCCACCAUGAACAGAGCAGUUUCUGCACCAACUCGAACUCUGGGACGGAGGAAGGUGGUGCGGAACCGCUUCACCAUUGACCGGGACGUCAUUUUUGACGACGACUCGAACCAAAGCACUGACCAUGAGCAGGACUCACCCACGCUGAUACCUGAGCCUGUGUCGCAACAUGAACCCGCGCCACAUUCCCAUAAUGCACCUCUGCCCCCAAAGGACACGGAGCGAUGGGUCGAGCAGCAGUUUGACCAUGGCCGUUACAACAACCAAGUCAAAGAAACAGACAUCCUCAGUGAUGACGACGACUAUUGCAAGUCGGUGAGGGGACCCAGCGCGGAGCCCUCCGCUGAGUGUCCACUAGGGGCACUGUCCCUGGGGCAGGAGUGUGAGAACGGGGAGCCGCACAGGCCCAGAGAGGACGCGCUGUCCCCUGCUGUCGUCCCCGAGAGGACCCAGGGCCCCCUGAAGCUGACCCCGCUUAGGAAGCAGUGUGCUGUGGAGGGCGUCACGGAACACGAUCAUGAGGUCAUCUGGGUGCGCCGCGACGACUUUGGCAGCCCCAAUGGAGACGUUUUCUGAGAAAAGCUGCGAAGUGAAAAUGUGACGGACAGAGAUCCAAAGAGAAAGAGGCAAAAAAAUGACAAACAGAAACUCGGACGCUUUUCAUACUGUGCUGUAUAGAAGUUGAACUGAGACUCAAAGGACAUCAUGCACUGGGAGCAGAAAUCCCACUAAUCAUUAUCUUUGGCCUGAGCAUACAACUACCCAUCCACUACCCGCACAAUAGUCUGACAAUCCCACUGCCAGCAAAUCCUCCCAGUGUCCAACCUCCUCAGCUGGCUUCAUUUCCUGUGUGUUCCUGUACAGGAGAAAAACACGCAUGCUGCUAAAUCCAUUACAUUGGAACAACACAAUACUCAUGACGCCUGACACAGUCCAUUGCUUCAGUACGCAUUUGUAUGUCUUUAUAUUAGAAUCUUAUGUAACAUUAAAUGUACAGUCUUGUUAAUGAAAUAGGGGAUGCAUGCUUUGGUCCACAAAGACUGCCUGGCAGCUGUCCUUCCACUUGAAGAUUGUUGUUGCCAAAAUAAUGCAUUUUUAUACAGAUGUGGGUCUUUUUUUUCCCCCUGUUUCCUAACUAACACAUUCAGAUAUGUCAUCCUAGUCAUUCUAAAGGGCUCUGACAAUACUCGCUUUUGAUUUCCAAAAAAGGGGGACUAUAUACUUCUGUGUACAGGUUAUGACUGCUACAUAAAAUUCAUGCUUGUUUUAGCGGCCUCUAACUUGCACCCUGGAGAUCUGCCUAACGGCUGGUAGACUGCUGCUUUGGUACUGUCGGAACCAAACACAUAAGAUUCUUACAUAGUCUGAAUGGCUUGAGUGGCAGCUGUGUGUGUGUGUGUGUGUUCCACUAGGUCUGCAGCUUACCCCCUAGCAGUUUGGCAGAUUCCCCAGGCAGGUACCAGUUCAGGUGUCCCUGCUGUGUUGUGGUCCCUCUUAGUUACUGUAAAUCAUUGAGAACACAUAAGAACGGCAUCUGUCCAUCCUACAAGCAUUCCAAAGUAUGUUAUUCCAUCAAAAAUGUAUAUAUGUGAUUUGAUUUCUUUUAUCUCUAGCUGUUUUUAUUUGUGCAUUGUUGUUGUCUCUUUCCCCAUCAUGUGUUUACAUCAUAUCCUGCAGUCCAGUAUUCUCCACUCAUUCUUACUGAAGGUAAGGAAGUCAUUCUAUAAGUCAUUACUAAUCCUGUUUUACUUGAACUGAAUUUUAAGCCUGUUACAAGCCACCUGAAUUAUACUCAGAAUGGGAUGUUUUGGACUCCGUAAGCAGGCACUCUGUCUUAUGACUUUCUAUCUGAAACUGUUUUUUAUUAACCUGCCAGUUAGUUGAAAUACUGUAUAAUGUGACACAGACUAGUGCACCUGUUGGAUGUAUCAAACCUGCACUUAAAACUCAGCUUGUCCUCCCCAUGCACAGUCUUUUGAUGUUUAGACUGUCACCAAAAUGAGGAUAUGAAAUGCAUUUGAUGCCUUUUUGUUUGGAUGUUUAGAACCUUUGUGGUCAUUUUGUAAAAUGAGUUGUGGUUUUGUCCCAAGCAAUUUUGGCUCAGUAAAUACUGAAAGAGUAUAUAUUUUCCACAAUCUUUAAAUUGUGAUGAGCAAUCAUAUUAUCCCAGCUAAAUAGCAAUUUUAGAGCAGUAUGGCACAUGCUCAUUAGGUUGUCUAACUGCUUGAAAUUAUUACCUUUUCCCAAUGCAUUUUUGAAAGGUGUUCUUACAUAAACUGUGGAUAUUUGUUGUAAAUAUUAUUGUGCUUCUCAAUAAAUGUUAUUAAACAAUUGG